AAUCGACCUAACCGGAAGUUUACAUUUUUCGACUCGUAAGGCGGCGGGAAUUUCGUACUGGGAACAACUUUCAGAAGUGUUGUGAUAUGAUGCAGUAAAAAGCGAUAUAAAGACAUGAUCACCGAGUGAUAGUGACAAUGUCCUUGUCAACCGUCCUCAAGAAUGUGUACACAUUUGCCCAUAUUCUGGGUCAGGCCAACGGGAGUGAAGCAGGACUAUGGGAUGUACAGUCACUGAAUAAUGCACUCAAAUGGGCAGCUUAUUGCCAGAAGAUCCACCAGCAGGUGAGUGGACAGAGAGUUGAGGAAGCCGUUGACAAGAAGCUGGUGGAGAUGUUGCUGUUAAUUGACCCUCCCAGUCGAGUGUGUCUGUCAGUCGACCUCAUGGGGCAGGCUACAUCACUGCUGCAGCAGACCCUACUGCAGAACCCCAACACCAGUGUCGAGGUGCUGACAGAGCUGAAGGCCACUGACACUCCCAGUCACACCAUGGAGGAGCUGUUGAGAAGACUGACCGAAGGACGGAGCACAGAGGACAUGGAGGACAUGGAGGACGACAUCAUGAGAUGCAUACAAGAAGAGAAAGUACAGGAGAAGAGAAAGUGGACGAGGGAACGAAGACGUACCCCUGUCCCCGACUCUGAGAACCCCCUGAUCACUGCUCAAGCCACGUUCCUUGUGCCCCACAUCUUGAAGCUGUCACAGCAAAGUUCUGAUCUCUCCCGGCUACUACAGAGAAUUCCACAUUUCAUCCUGGUCAAGGCAGCCUCUGCUGAUUCAUCUUUCCGGGAAGUGUAUCUACGUCACCUGACUUCUCUAGCCAAUCAGAUGUCACCACACUACCAUGAUCAGUUAACCAAUGGGAGGCCCUACUCAUGGAGGUGUGAGUCAGAGAGAGGAAAAACAAAUUUUCAUGAUCUAGUGACAGGUUUCCAGUCUCUUCUGGAUAUUGGAGGUCACACAAGGGAGACAACUGCUGCCCUGCUGAUGGAAAGGGCACAAACAUCUUACUUCAACAUCUGGAGGGAUAUAUGUCGAAAACUGUCCUGAUAUCGAAGAAAAAUGUAAAGAGAAAAAUUAAUUUAAUGAUAGUAUAUACUGAGGUGUUAAGUUAUGUGUAAGGAUGGGGAGUACCAACAAUUUCUCAGCUGAAUUUGCAGUUCAGAGUUGUGUCCCUUGGCCAUGCAAGGAUCUGAUGGCUGAAGAUUCCCGGAUAAUCCUUUGUUUUUCAGCCUGUUUGCAGGAAGUGGUAAAUGUGUGUAACCUGCCUCAGUUGGGCCUACGUCACUCUCACAUUCAGUGAACAGUUGUGAUAUGACUGAAAUCCUAAAAUCCUGUCCAACACGUUCCAAGUCACAUUACCUGUAGAUUUGUGAGCAAGUGUUACCAAGUUGGCUGUUGGUUGGUUUGUUGAUUAAUGCCACACUCAGCAAUAUUCCAGCAAAAUGACGGCGGUCUGUAAAUAAUCGAGUCUGGACCAGACAAUCCAGUACUUGAUAUCACGAGCAUCGAUUCACGCAAUUGGGAUCGAUGACUUGCAUCAACCUGUACUUUCCCUGUGCUCAUUGGGGAAGAUAAUUUUGUUACAAGAAUAACCUGUUGUGGAAAUUGGACAGAAUUAUUUGUUUUCCAUAUUCCACAUUGUCUGUUGAACUUUACUGAUGCAAUGUCAAAUAAACAAAAACAUGUUUUACUGCGGUAAUUGUUUCAUUUCAUCAUGUUUAUUCAA